AUGGUUGACAAUCAUUAUCAGAAAGCCGCCUUAGGUAUCGUGGUCGCCUUCCCUAUUCUGGGAGGUAUUGCAGUUCUCCUUCGGCUCUGGAGCCGAUGGCUAUUACGUUCUGCACUCACAAGCGAUGACUACUUGAUUGUCGUGGGAUAUGUUAUCGCCAUCUCGCAAUCUGUUACCUCAUGGUACUUUAUCAAAACCAACUAUGUCGGCAUUCACAUCUGGGAUGUUCCCAAGAACCACAAUCCCAGACCCGGGCUGAAUUGGAACUUCGCAAAUCAACUCCUCUACAAUCCAGCCUUGACCGUGGUCAAACUAUCGAUCUUGUUAUUUUUGCGCCGUCUCGAUUCACACUCACGGGUGGUCAAAUGCCUCAUCUGGAGCUCCUUUGCCAUGGUAACCAGCCUUUUCAUUACCGUUCUCUUCGUCGACAUCUUCCAGUGUAGCCCAGUGGCAUACAUCUAUGACAUGACGAUUCCGGGGGGCAAAUGCAUCAACCAAGCGGCAUUCUACGUCUCGACCGCAGCGCUAAACCUGUUCACCGAUAUAAUGGUCCUCUCCAUCCCGAUUAUAAUCAUCGCACGCCUGCAAAUGCCUCUCCGACGCAAACUUGCCGUGUGCAUCAUUCUAUGUCUAGGUGGGGUCGCAACCGCCAUCGGAGUCUGGCGCAUCAUUAUUCUCGCCCAAGGAUUUCUCUCCCACACCCCAAACCCAGACCCAACCUACUCAAUCGGAUUCUGCAGCUCGGCAGUCGAAGUAAAUAUCGCCGUGGUAACAGCCUGCGGCCCCUCCUUAAAAGCCAUCAGCGGCAGGUUUCUCCCGCGUCUUCUCGGUAGCUCGUGUAACGUAAAAUUGGCCUACGGCACUGACACCGGCACCCGCGUUGGGUCACGCAGACUCCUAUCGAAUCAUCUCAAGGCCAAGUCUGCAUCACACGCACAGACAUCACUUUGCUCCACCCGUGGUACUGAUCAUGAAAUGGCAGACCCGCUGGGCGGGCCGCAUGGCAAUGUUGGUGAUUUUGAAAUGCUGAGAUCUCAGUCGGAUACGCUCGCGGAUCCCAGUCUGCUGAAAUUUGACUCCAUCAUCGGCGACAAAUGGGUCGGUGCCCAGAGCAGCAAGCGGUUUGAGGUCCAGGAUCCCGGCACCGACAAAGCGUGGGCCAGCUGCCCGGCAAACGCAGCAGAAGAUGUAUCUGCCGCUGUGGAAAAUGCACACGUAGCCUUUGAGCAAUUCCGCAAAGUCAAUCCACGUCAGCGCGCCAAGUGGCUUCUAGAAUGGCACAACUUGAUCGCAGCGGCUCGCGACGAUCUCGCCCAGAUCUUAACCCACGAAACAGGCAAGCCGCUAGCAGAAGCACAAGACGAGGUCAACGACUCCCUCGGCUUCCUAUGGUGGUUCGCCGGAGAAGCAGAGCGUAUCCAGGGCAGUGUAUCUAGAGCUGCGGAACCGAACCGCCGCCUGUUCACCAUCAAGCAGCCGAUCGGCGUGGCAGCCGCCCUCAUCCCAUGGAACUUCCCCGUUGCCAUGGUUAUACGGAAAGCCGGCGCCGCGCUAGCAGCUGGCUGUACGAUGGUCGUUAAGCCCAGUCCUGAGACGCCGAUUUCGGCGCUCGUUUUGGCAGAGUUGGCGCACCGUGCGGGUAUCCCGGCUGGUGUGCUGAAUGUGCUCCCUACGGACUUGGAGAAUACACCGGCACUGAGCGAGGCGUUGUGUAAGCACCCGCUUGUUAAGAAGGUGACGUUCACGGGCUCGACACGAGUGGGUAAGUUGGUUGCUUCGCACUGUGCGCAUGGUCUGAAGAAGUUGACCCUCGAGCUCGGUGGGAACUGUCCCUUCCUUGUUUUCGAUGAUGCCAAUCUCGACCAGGCGGUUGAACAGCUCACGGCGUUGAAAUGGCGCCAUGCGGGUCAGGCGUGUAUUACUGCCAAUCGCAUCUAUGUGCAGGCAGGAGUGUAUGAUCGUUUCGCUGCGCUUCUGAAGGAGCGUACUGCUGCGAUAACUGUUGGUCAUGGUGCGGUGGCCGGUACCACGAUGGGACCAUUGACCACGCCUCGGAGUGUCGAAAAAGCAGCUGCACACGUAGAGGAUGCUCGUCGUCUCGGUGCCGAUGUCAUCUUAGGGGGUAAUCCUCUCAAGUCGAACCCUGGUUAUUUCUUCGAGCCCACUAUUCUAUCGGGAAUGACGGAGGAAAUGCUCAUUUCACAGGAAGAAUCCUUUGCGCCUAUUGCUGCGCUUUACCGGUUCGAGACUGAGGAGCAGGCUGUCAAGCUGGCUAAUGAUACCAGCAUGGGUCUGGCUAGUUAUGCUUUCACCAAGAAUGUCGAUCGCACGUGGCGUCUCUUCGAAAACUUGGAGGCGGGAAUGAUCGGGAUGAAUGCAGGCAACCUAUCAGUCGCCGAGUCGCCUUUCGGCGGGCUCAAGGAAUCUGGUUAUGGCAAGGAGAGUGGAAAGGACGUGGCGGUCGAUGAGUACCUAGUUAGCAAAACAGACCAAGUCUUCUACCUGAAUGAAAUGAAAUUUGUGAAUGUUGUAUUGGCUUCAGUCAUUGGUACACUACGACACCUGAUUCAGUCUCACCCGCUCAUUGAUCACCAUGCACACAACCUGCUGAACCGCGAGUCAGCCACCGAUUAUGAAAAUUACCCAUUAAAAGCCAUCACCUCAUCAGCCGACGGUCUAGCCCUAGAAAAUGCCCGCACCACGCUCCCCUCGCUGCGGGCCACAGCCCAACUCUCCGAGCUAUACGGUCGCCCCUGUGCAGACUGGACCGAUAUCCAGACCGCCCGCAAUCAAAGCGUGCGCGAAGACUACGACGGCUUGAUCCGAAAGUCUCUAUCAGGCACGCAUGCACUGCUACUCGAUGACUACCUCAGUGACGACGAAGACAUCGAACCGUCCAGCUGGCACGAUAGCUUUACGGUCUCGCCGACAAAAUGCAUCGUGCAAAUCGAAGCUCUGGCAGAGUCCACAAUCCUGCAGGUCUCCAACGCUCGCAAGAACGGCGAAUCAGUCUGGAACAAUUUCCGACAGCGAUUCCAAGAUGCGCUCGGCGAGGCUUUGGACGAUGCCAAUGUCAUUGGGUUCAAAUCAGAAAUUUGCUGUCGCACCGGAUUGGACGUGGAUCCGUAUUCCUCCGAUGAUACCACACUUGGCGGGUCAUUGAUUCGCAUCCUCGAUUCUGGAACCACCAGGUCUGGGUUCGAGGUCGAUGAUAAGCAGAUCUGUGAUUGGAUAGUCCAACAGACGCUGAAAGCGAUCUCGUUCAAGAAGAAAGCCGGUGUUGUGAAACCUUUGCUAUUUCACACCGGCUUGGGAGAUAAUCGGAUUAAUCUUUUGCGGUCGAACCCUGCGUAUUUGCAGCCGUUAAUCGCGCAGUAUGCUAGCGCGGACAUCGUGCUAUUGCACGCUGGAUACCCUUACACCCGCGAAGCGGGGUAUCUAGCUUCUGCUUAUCCCAACGUCUAUCUUGAUCUCGGGAAGGUCUUUCCCAUGGUUAGCCGCGAGGCACAAACGAAGGUUCUGAGAGACAGUCUAGAGCUUGCACCUACCAACCGUCUGCUCUGGAGUACGGGUGGCCAGUUUCACCCUGAGACAUUCUGGUUGGCUAAUAGACAGUUCCGCCAGGCUCUCGAGACGGUUCUCGUGGACUAUGUUCAAUAUGGCGACUUCACUGCGGCUCAGGCUAUGAAAAUAGCCGCUGAUGUUCUGUUCUACAACGCCAAUCGUCUUUAUAGCCUCGACUUGACUCCGUCAUACACACCUGGAGAGUAA